UUAAAGACGGCCCUGAGCAUGGCAGUAGCAGGGUGACAGCUACAGACAGCAGGAGAGGGUUAAUGAGACCUGUGAUACUAUUACACAGCGACAGGAAGACGUCACCGGGUGGAGCAGAACAUGUGGGAGUUAUGAAAGUUAUACAGAGGUGCAGGGAGGAAGGAAGUUACACACUGACACUGAGGGGUACAGCUGGAGGGUCCGACAGUGGCCAUGUGGGGGCCUAAAGAACACUGACCCCCAUAUACAGAGAGAAGACGGAAGAGAAAAGAGGAAGCCACAGAAGACUGGAGGAGGAGGAGGAGGAAGAAAGCCGAAAGUCUGCAGCCCAGGUACUGCCAGGAGGAAGAUGUACAGUAAAGUCCCCUACAGCAGGGUGGAAUGUCUGACCGGCGUUGGGUUAAGGCUUUUCUUAGCGGACUCCUUGUACUGAAUCUCAGCCACACUUAUGGACUGUUCCAUGAUUGCUUUAUCUCAUGUGAAAUCCAAGAGAAGACUAGAGACCUGAACUGUUCAUGGAGAAGUGAUGUCUGGACUCAGUACUCAGUAUUCCUGCAGGAUCUCACAAACACACAUAAUCCGUCACUUCUCUUCACCAAUCCUCCUGGUCGAAACUGGCAGGUAACCCUACGGAAAGACCUGGUGCUGUGUCAUGAGUAUAACAUUACAGUUACUGGUGACGGCACGAAGCAGACUGAGAAUUUCAUGUACAGUAAUGAUGGAUAUAAUAUCAUCAUCCAACCACCUCAACUUUAUUCAUCCAUUUUGGAAAGUGAGAGCAUACAAAUUACCUGGAGACAUCCAGAGGACGUAGAGAAUCCGAACUGUCUAGAAGCAGAGCCCCUACAAGUGGGGUUGAGGUAUCGCAUACGGGGAGCCGACAACUGGACUGAGGUGGAUGACAGUGACCUGCAGAUAAAUACAUAUAUACUGGAUGACCCGGUGCUGUACACGGACUAUGAGUUCCAGAUACGAUAUCUACCAGAUAAGAAGAAAAAGAGGAAAGGAAGUCCAUGGAGCGAGGGUCACGUCUUAACUAGUCCAGAAAAGGCUCCUAAUGGAAGCUGUGAUGUGUGGAGAAGUUUGCAGAACGGAUCUUCCCUUCAAAUAAUGUGGAAGGAGUUGGACCAUCGCUGUGCCCGGGGCAGAAUCCUUGGUUACCAGGUCACAUAUGAGAAGACGACCACUGAGGUUCCAUGUUGUAGUAUGAUACUUCCUUUCCAGUCCACACCAGUAUUCAUCAGAGCCCGGAAUUCCAUGGGAUUAGGACCCCCCGCAUGUGUGCCCCCCAUCUGUACAGAAAUUGCAAAUACAACUACAGACUGCGAAGUCUGGGGAGAUUCCCGUGGAAGACUCAAUGUUCUGUGUGAAGAACCUCUGACACCUGACAACCCCCUGAGCUACAUUAUAGAGUGGGGAGAGCUGAGAGAAAACGAGAGGACGGAGGUACGCUGGACGAGAAGCCAGGCCAUCAAUGAGACAUUCGUGCUCCCAGGUGAAUUUACUUCAGGGGUCCCCUAUUACGUCUCUGUGUAUGUCCUCUACAACAAUAGCUGCAUCCGGACCUUCUCUGCUGAGGCCUAUAGCCAAGAGGAAGUUCCUGAUACUGCACCAAAUUUUACCAGCCAUAUUCUUUCUGUGGGAAAUGUCCUUGUCUCAUGGGAGGAGAUACCAAGACGGCACAGAAAAGGAAUCAUUUCACAUCAUACCAUCUACAUAAACAGCACGGACCACGCUGAGGAUCAUCGAGUAUCUAAUAGGAGUGGGAACAAGACGCUCUCAGGCCUGUCGCCAGGCACUGUGUACAACAUCUGGAUGACGGCUUCCACUAGAGGAGGUGAAGGACAGUCAAGUCCACAUAAGACCUUUCAAAUGACAGGAAACCGGCACCGUACGUUGCUCAUAGUGCCCGUGGUCAUCAAUAUACUGUUUGUCUGUGGAGCUGUUCUGUGUUUCUGUGACUGUGGAACUCCGUUGUGGCCAAAAAUUCCCAGACCAGAGGAUAAGUUUAAGAAACUCUUCAUGGCAUCGAGUGUCAACAUGUGGCAACCCCAGCAGGUUUCCCUCAGCCCGCCCAUCACAGUAGUGGAGGAGAUAGAGCCUCCACCUCAACCGCCGACACCACCACCACCACCAUCACCACCGUCAACUCUACUGAAUAAGGCUCCUGUCAUCAUCUCUGGGUAUGAAAAACACUUCAUGCCAACCCCAGAAGAGGUUAUUGGUUUUCGCUAAAGGACAUUUAAAGUUACUCAAGGUGGAAAGAAGAUCAAGUCAGCUGCCCUGGCCAGAAUAGGCAGUAUUGGCCUUCAAAGCUAGCCAUGUCCAGACAAAGAACCAAAAAAGUGAUAAACCCAACAGAUGGUCUUGUCAGUUAUUCACAACUGAACCUGAAGAACCUGGAUGAUCCUCUGUUAGGCCAGUCUGACCCCAUUUGCUCCCUUUGUUGGUCUAGUGUGACCCUGUUUGGCUUCUGAUAGACCAGUAUGAGUCUAUUUUGGUAACUGGCUGGUUAGUCUAACACUGUUUGGGCCAGUGUGACCCUCUUUAUGCCCUAGGUGGGCCGGUAUGACCCAAUUAGGUCUUCUGCUGGGCCCAUGUGACCCUGUUGGGGCCUUGGAUGUUCUAGUGUGUCAGUGUCACUGUGUUGGUCACCUAUGAUUGACUACUAUGAACCAUUUUGGGCCUAUAGCUGACUAGUUUGAUGGGCCAGUGUGAUCCAGUUUCAGGAUCUGAUGUGCCAGUGUAACCCUCUAUGAGUCAAAAGGAUUCUAGUGGGCCUGCGUGACCCUGUUUAGACCUAUAGUGAGCCAGUUUGACCCUGUUUGGACCUAUGGUUAGCCAGUUUGACUCAGUUUGGACCUAUGAUUAGCCAGUUUGACUCAGUUUGGACCUAUCGUUAGCCAGUUUGACCAAGUUUGGACCUUUGAUGGGUCAGUGUGACCUUAUUCGGGCCCCUGGUGGGCUAGCCUGGCCCUGUUUCAGUCUCUGAUGGGCCAGUCUGACCCUAGUAAAGAGACAAGAUUUAGCUAUUUCUGACAUCUUUGGUCUGACUAGUUCUCUUCCAGUGACUACAAGUUACUGGUCUCUGGUCAACAUCGACAUAGUUGGGGCCUGGUCACUUUGUAUUAGAUAGAAUGGUCACCUACACUCAGGGUAAGAACUAGGACUGGUAAGAUUUCGGUCACCUCAUGGUAGAGUUGAGGUGGUAGUUACUUUUCUAUGGAUGGGAUACAUUAGUUGGGAUAGGUUCUUCCCACUAUAAUCUCUCAGGUAUGAGGAGGUAAUGGUGCUCGCCCCGUCCCACAUCAUCUCCUGUGUGUGAGGUUUAUGCUGUCUUUUAUGUGACGCCUCUCCACAUUGUGUACUGUAAGAUCCAGACCUCAUGUCCAGUUUACAUAUCACUGACCCGGCGUACGUGACAAUGGCCGCCCACCCAACCACCCCCCACCCCGUGAGGACAAUAUUGUGCACUGUUUUGAUUUUUUAUUAUUAUUUUUAUAUAAAAUAGGUAUAAGA